CUGGAGGCAGAGUUCGAGAACUUCAUGGCCAUGCUUAGGAAGCUGAAUGUUCAAGUGCCUUUCCUGGAGGCACUAUCUCAAAUGCCUAAGUAUGCGAAGUUUCUGAAGGAGCUUCUUUCAAAGAAGCAGAAGCUGAGCGAGCUGGCCACUUUAGAGCUCAGCGAGGAGUGCUCGGCAAUUCUGCAGAACAAGCUUCCGCAGAAGCAGAAGGACCCAGGUAGUUUUACUAUCCCGUGCUCUAUAGAGAAUUUGCAUGUAGAGAGGUCCUUGGCGGAUCUAGGUGCCAGUAUAAAUGUUAUGCCAUAUAAGCUGUUUAAGAAACUAGGCCUAGGUGAACCCCGUGCUACUAGGAUGAGUCUUCAAUUAGCUGACCGAUCUGUAGUGCAUCCUAGGGGCAUAGUGGAAGACCUUCUGGUUAAGGUUGGCAAAUUCAAUUAUCCUGUUGAUUUUGUGAUUUUGGACAUAAAUGAGGAUGUGAAUGUGCCACUGAUACUAGGAAGGCCUUUCCUGGCCACCGCCAAGGCCCUCAUAGAUGUGCAUGAUGGGACCUUAGUUCUGAGGGAUGGUGAGGAGCGAAUAACAUUUUCAAUUUCUAAUACACAUCCUGCUUCCUCGCCUUUGCAUGCUGUAUCUCACCAGGAGCACGAGUCUGUCGUGUAUCCUCCUGUGCUGCCUAUUUUGCAGGAUCCGCCUCCCAUACCUUCGCCGCCACUCCCGUCCAAUCCGUCAUCGAAGGAACAAAUCAGGGAGGAGUGGCGGCCGAAACAACAGGCAGCUAAGCCUGCUCGGAAGAAAGCCGGAGACCACUAUGAGAUGGUCCCGCCCCCACCUUGGCGAGGGCAGAGGAUUCCGGCGAGUGGUUUUGGUUUUCUGACCACAAUGGCCGUGCAGGCCAUAUAAAUAUGCCGUGCCUCGGCUGCACGGGCAGGGGCGCACGGCCGUGCAAGGCUGGUUUUUGCCCGUGCAGCCGACACGGCCUGGCCGAGGAGAAGCGCACGACCGUGCACCUGGCACAUAUGGCCGUGCCAUCCUUACCGAGAGCUCGCACGGCCAAGGGGGAAUACCCGCACGGCCAUGCGAGGCAUUAUGGUGCCCGUGCAAGACGCACGGCCAGGCCAGGACGAGCGCACGGCCGUGCAAUAAGCGCUUUUGGCCGUG